AUGAACGAAGGUGACACACUCAUGUCAUUAUUAGAAACUUCAAAGAAUGAAACAUCAGAGGACAAAACAUUAUUAGAAACUUCAGAGGAUGAAAUGUCAUUAGAAACUUCAGAAGAUAAAAAUGUGCCAAGUUUGGCACAACUAACUAUGGCGUCAUCAUCAAAUAUCUUAAAAGACACUAUGUCGUGUGAAGUUACUCUAAAUACACCCCAACAAUUCCUGACGUCAUCAAGUUUUUUAGAAAAUACUACCCCAUAUAAAAUUACUCCAAAUACAUUCCAACGAUCUCCAACAUUAUCGGAUACUAAUAUUAUUACUUCAC